AUGUCGAGCUCUCCAGCGCAAGUCCUGCCUCAGGGAGCCGGGUACGGCGUCGUAGUCGGCAUCGGACUGUUCUUCAGCGCUUUCAUGCUCGUUCUCACGUACAUGCAAUCUCGCUAUACGACCUUUUCACCCUCGAAUUCAGAAGAGUUUUCGUCCGCCUCGCGAGCCGUUAAACCUGGAUUGAUCGCCUCCGGAAUUGUCAGCGCUUGGACUUGGGCGGCUACUCUACUGCAAUCUAGUGCUGUUGCAUACAAGUAUGGCAUCAGUGGACCCUGGUGGUACGGGGCUGGAGCAACUGUACAGGUUCUACUAUUCGCAAUGCUGGCGGCUAAAUUGAAACUGAACGCGCCUUAUGCCCACACAUGGCUGGAGAUCGUGGGCGCUAGAUGGGGUACCCUUGCACAUAGCGUCUUCAUGUUCUUCGGAUUAGCGACCAAUAUCAUCGUCUCCUCCAUGCUCAUCUUGGGCGGGUCCGCCACCGUGACCGACCUGACGGGCAUGAACACCAUCGCGGCUUGCUUCCUCAUCCCUCUUGGAGUCGCUAUCUACGUCGUUGUCGGCGGCAUGCGCGCUACAUUGCUAUGCGACUACACCCACACGACCAUUCUAUUUGCCAUCAUCUUCACCUUCGUAUUCACUGUAUACGCUGCAUCGCCGAAAAUCGGGUCUCCUACGGCCAUGCACGACCUACUCGUCAAGGCAGCCCAGACAAGUCCGGUUGAUGGCAACGCAGGUGGCUCAUACCUCACGAUGCACUCGGUCCCGGGGCUCGUAUUUGGCGUCAUCAAUGUCAUCGGCAACUUCGCAACCGUAUUCCUGGAUCAGGCGUACUGGCAGCGCGCUAUUGCAAGUCGUCCAGCCAGCUGUGUGAAAGCUUACCUCCUCGGUGGUCUCGCAUGGUUCGCCAUUCCCUUCACCUUCGCCACUACAUUGGGCCUUGCUGCUCGCGCGCUCCAAGGCGAUGCCGAUAUGGCCGUACUGUCCGCUGCAGACGUAUCAGCUGGCUUACCUGCACCCUCGGCUGCUGCCGCUCUCCUAGGCAAAUCUGGGGCCGCCGUCAUGCUUGUGCUCUUAUUCCUGGCAGUGACUAGCGCUACAAGUGCCGAGAUGAUUGCCGUGAGCAGCAUCCUCACAUACGAUGUCUACAAGCGUUACAUCAACCCUCACGCUACUGAGGCUCAGACGCUUCGGAUGUCGCACUACAUGGUCGCAUUUUAUGGACUCGUAAUGGGCUUAGCCGGUCUCAUCUUCUUCUACAUUGGCGUAUCGAUGGGCUGGCUCUAUACGUUUAUGGGGCUCUUCCUGGGAGGCGGCGUGGUGCCGAUCGCUCUUUGCAUCGUCUGGUCACGCGCAAACAAAUGGGGAUGCAUCAUUGGGGCGAUCUCUGGCUUCUUCUCCGGAAUCAUCGCAUGGCUUGUCACAACGAGCACUCUGAAUGGCGGGGUCAUCAACGUCACCACAACCGGUGGCGACUACGAGAUGCUAGCUGGCAACCUUGCGAGUAUUGGCGUCGGUGGUAUCGUAGCGGGAGUGAUCUCUCUCAUCUGGCCGGAGAACUACGACUUCGCUUCCACACGCGCACUGAACGCGCCCAGAGGACCCAAGGCUGCCGAUAGCGCUCCCAAUCCCCCAAGUCCGACCAUGGAUGAGAAGAAACGCGACAGUGCGGAAGUCACCGAGGUGGCUGGUGAUGACGAGCCCGUCGUGCAACCAGACCCAGAUCUCGAACCUUUGGGGCUGAAGAAGGCAUACCGGUUCGCUCUUUGGAGUUCUGUGGCUUUGACGGUCGUCUUGCUCAUCCUGAUACCUUUCACCUUAUUUGGCACAAGCACAAUAUACGGCGUCGGCGGCCUGACCGCUUGGGUCGUCAUCGGCAUCAUCUGGUGCUUCAUUUCCUCGUUCUGUGUCGUAUUCUACCCACUCUGGGAGAGCCGGGUCGCCAUAGCGGAGAUUACUCGCGGGAUAGUGAAGGAUGUUGUCAGCCCGGGCAGUGGGCGCUAUGUGCCACCUGUCACGGAGAAAGCUUGA